AUGGCAGAGGAGUACGGUAGCAGUACUUGGCAUGUAACUUUGUGUCUGCUUGCUUCGGUGUUCAUUGUUCGUCUAAACCGACGUAAGUUGGUGGUUGUACACGAGGAGCCACAGUAUUCGCAGCUGAACACGCGUGGAGCACGGCCCUAUACAUUGUUCAAAUCGAUCUAUACGAAUAACACAGAUCGACCUCAGGAAUACUCGUUCAAAACCGAACGCAGCACCGAGAGCCUAUGCAGCGUUUGUCGAGAGCAAGGAUAUAUGAUUGGUGGAGAAAGCGAGCUGACACUCAAAACACCAUGUUUGUUCCUUUUAAUUUUAAAGAGGCUUCUCUUCGUGAGGGAGAAAUCUGAAGGCAAACUGAUGAACAUGACACGUCACAGGAAUAAGGACGAAGGUAUCUAA